AUGGACACUGAGGAGGACACCUUCACCUCGGUCACCUGGGAGAACCGCGACACCUCCUCCGGCUCCCAACCCACCUUUUCGUCCACGCCCUCGUUCUCCAACAACAAUGCCAUCGCAGGACCAUCGCACCUGGGCACCUCUUUGUCGGCCGGCGGUCUCGCUCGCGAUCUGCACGCCUCGGACGACCCAACACAACUCUCGUGGGCGGGCUAUCUGAUGGUCCAGGUCACAGAACCACGCAAGGAGCAAGAAGGCCAAAAAGAUGCUUUCAUCAGCUACGGCAUUCGAGCCGAGACCAACCUUCCGCACUUCUCUCGCACCUACAUGGCCACUCGUCGACGCUUCAAGGACUUCACCUUCCUGCGCGAGGGUCUCAAACGGGACUUCCCGGCGUGCGUCGUUGCGCCGUUACCCGACAAACACCGGCUCGAAUACCUCACUGGCGAUCGUUUCAGCCAAGAUUUCAUCGAUCGACGCACCCAAGAUCUUCAGCUCUUCCUCGAACGCAUCUGUCGUCAUCCCACGCUGCAACGGAGUCAGCUGCUGCGCAAUUUUCUCGAGAGCACCGAGUGGCAGGUCGACAUGCACGCGCACAACUCAUCGCACAGCGGCACCACCGCUGCGGGCGCCUCGACGCUCAUCUCCGGUUCGCAGGUGGAAAACGCCGGUCCCCCCAGCUUACUCGAUAGCCUCAGCGACCACUUUCUCAACGCCUUUUCCAAAGUCCGGAAACCCGACGAACGCUUCGAGGAGAUCAAGGAGAGCAUCGACAAGCUCGAAGAGGGUCUCGCGGGAACCGAACGCGUUCUCUCCCGCAAUCGCAAUCGCAUCGCUGACCUCUCGACGGAUUACGAGGACUUUGCGACGAGCGUCGAAGGUCUAGGUUAUCUCGAGAGUGGCAUUACCGAGCCGUUGAACAAGUUUGCCUCGGCCAUGCUCGAGCUUGCCCGGCUCGAGAGGGUUACUUCGGCGAAAUCGACAGACGCCAUGCUGUCCCAGAUGCAAGCGCUACUCUCGUACGCGCGGUCGCACAAAUCGGUGCUCAAGCUCCGCGAUACCAAGCAGGUAGACUUCGAGGAGCUAACGGACUACCUCUCGGGUGUUGUCUCCGAACGCGAUCGACUCGCCUCGCUCUCCAGUCCCUACGGCGCAGGUCACGGCCACGGCGGUGUCCGCGGCGCCGGUCUCUCGGGCUAUCUCAAGGACAAGGUCGACCAUCUGCGCGGGGUUGACGAGGAACGCACCCGUGUCGGCCGCAUGCAGCGACUAGAUGGCAAGAUCAAGGAGCUCCAAGACGCCGUCACUAGCGCACACGACACCUCGCAAGCAUUCAACACAGAGGUCAUGACCGAACAUCGCAUCUUCCACCUCGCCAAGGAGCAGGAGAUGAAGGACAUCCUGGCGACACAUGCCGAGGGCCAGAUCGAGUUGUACGAGGGGCUGGUGGGCAUGUUCGACCAGCUCAUUCCGCAGUUGGAGCGCAUUCGAGUCGCAUGA